AUGGCAACCAACAACAAUAAUUCUUACCCUAUCUCCUCAAACUCCCGCACGAAACUAAACGCAUUCCGCUACAAAGAAGAAACUGUGGCGCCUGAUACCACGAACUCGAAGAAUGAGACGAAAGCCGCGCAUAACAACAAGGAGAACCAAAGUUCAUGGUUGAAUGGAGUGGUGGAACCAAUGCAAACAUCUGCAGAUAAAGAAGAUCCUCCGCCUCAAGAAGUGCCAUUAAACGAGGAUACCAAACCUGUCAAAGAAUGCCCUCAAACACCGGGGAACCGUAUACCUCUCGCGGACUUGAUCAGCAAUGCCGAAGAUGCCUUUGACCCCGCGCCAGGCCCGGAGGUAACCCCGGUUGAUCAUGUUAUCUGGCAGCAUGUUCCAGCCAGCUCAAAUCCAGAUGCAUCGUCUCAGACACCCGCAGAUCGUCGAAGAAAGCGGCGUCACAGCUCGUCGUCUGCUGGUUCUCCCACCAAUGGAAACUCCAAGAAAGCCCAGAAGGAACCCCUCGAUCUUCAGUCAAUCCAGGCUCUAUUCAAGACACCCCAGCAUGAUCUGGCGGCCGAGCUAUGGAAUAACUAUAUGGACAAGAAUAUGGUCGACGGCACCGAUGACCUUCCCCCACCUCGUCUUGCAAAUCUACUUUCCUCAUCACCGCAAACCCCGGCAUCAGGUAGAACAAGCCGAGAUUCAUCCGGCCUGAGGCGAUCAAUCAGCUGCGCUGCUGAAUGGCCUACAUCUCGCGCAAAGCGAAGACGAGUCAAUCGGCUGGAGCCGGGCUCAGGCCGAGGUAUUUUCUCUCGCACAACUAGCAAUGUUCUGGACUCGGGAAAGCACAAAUCAUCACGACUCAAUUUUCUUCUUGAAAAGAUUGAGAAGAGCCUCCACCCAGUCCCGCAAGUCGAAAUGGGCCCGUCAAAUUCUUCUCCAUUGCGACAACGCAUGGACGCGCAAAGAUGUCGCUCAUCAUCCCCCACGAUGGAUCGAAAGGGCCUAGGAGAUACUGAAGCUGCAAGAGAGACUCUUCUUGGCAAGACUACUGGUAAUUCAAAGACUGCGGGAGGUGGUAUUCUUCAAGAUUCCGAGUCUGAAUUUGGGGACGAUGAUCUUGAUCAAGAUUUCAUGGACUUUGCCGAUGCCGCAGCGGACCCCUUCGUUGCUUCGGUGGCUGAUCGCAUUGAAUUUGACUCACUCGGCUCUUCAGCGUGGUCAAAUCUAGCCGCAGAGAAGCUUGAAUCUAGUCAUCCAAGAUUCCAAUCAAUGACUGACCAGAAACCACCAGCCAUGCAAACCCUUAUGAAUAACGAUACGAAACCUGACGACACUGACAAUUUUGAAGACGACUAUGGGGACUUUGAUGAUGACUUUGAGGACGCCCUCGCGGAAUGCGAUGCCAAGCCGAUGAAUCCAUCAAAUUUAGCCAGUGUGGAUUCCCAGCCUGUGCGGAAAGUGGAUGGACUAUCCAUCGACUCUGCCACUCAAAUUCCAACCAAAUCACCGCAGGGACCAGCGCGUGGCACUACUGCGCUCUCUGAUGAUGAGUUCGAUGACGACUUUGACCUGGAUGCCAUCGAACAGACUAUGAAACAGACCGGUGAAGACGCAGCCUACAGUCUCAAUUCUCGGAAAGCUAUCAAGCGUUACCAGGUCGUGGAGACCGCAGAGAGCACGUAUGUCAAUUCACGAGGACGUACACAGCCUGAGCAGGUGCUAUCCGUCAAGGACGAGAAGACCGAUGCCCGCAAGGUCAUCAUUUUGCGGGAGUCGUGGGUUGACACUCCUUGUAGUAAAGAUUCAUUCAUUCAUCUGGUUGGAGACUUCGACUCGGCUGGCCAUUGCGUCGUAGACAACACCAACCACAUGAUCAUUCUUCAUCCGGAUCAUCUGAUUUCUGCUACUGUUGUCGCGGAUUCGGUAGACUGUCAGCGCCGUGCUGUGCUUCAAGAUCGUGUCAAGGCUUUUGGCCAGAUUGAGCAACCACAAGCAUUUGGAAUUAUCUUUCACGAGGUCUUCCAGGAAGCGCUGAUGGCCAAUCAGUGGGAUCUAGACUCAAUGAGAUUGCUGGUCGAAAAGGUUCUCAAGAAUCAUGUUGAAGAGCUUUACACAAUUAACAUGACUAUGCAUCAAGCUGUUGAGACCAUAAUGGGUAAAAUCCCUCAGGUGCAGGCCUGGGCAGACGUCUUUCUGCAAGCCAAACCGAAGGUAAAUUCUCUCGUUGAAGACCGCAAUGGUGCAAAGCUCAAUUUGAGUAUCAACAAGUUGCUUGAGGUCGAAGAGCAUGUUUGGUCUCCAAUGUAUGGACUCAAAGGCAAUAUCGAUGCCACCGUGCAAGUUGCCUGCCGAGACAAAGAAAAGUUGAAGAAUCUCGUUGUGCCACUCGAGCUGAAGACGGGAAAGAGGGACACAAAUCAGGGACAUAGAGCCCAAACUGCUCUUUACACGCUUCUCCUUUCGGAUCGCUAUGAUGUCGAUGUGAAUUUCGGUCUCCUGUACUACCUUGAGCUCUCGAAGACCCUGAGCAUUCGUGGUAUUCGUCACGAGCUUGUUCAAAUGAUUCAAGUGCGAAACCGAUUGGCAGGGUAUAUCCGCGAGAGGAUGCAACUUCCACCGAUGCUCAAAAAGGCACAGAUGUGUAAUAAAUGCUAUGCGAAGACACCGUGCCUUAUUUACCACAAGCUGGCAGAGGAUGGCAGUGGCGGGACAAGCGCCCUUGGUGACGACUUUGAAGCUUUUACCCAGCACCUUAACCAAGCGGACCGCGACUUUUUCCGUAAAUGGGAUGAGCUCUUGACUAAAGAGGAAGGAAAUCUGAUCAAGUUCAAACGUGAGCUAUGGACCUUGCUCAGUGACGAGCGUGAGUCCUUAGGUCGUUGCUUUGGAGAUGUCGUGAUCGAUCCGCGAACCGCACACGAGGACGAAAGUGGGACCAAAAUCAACCGCUUCAGGUACACAUUUCACAAGCGGAAAGCAUCCCCGGGCUUCUCCUUUACGGAGUCGCAGAUUUCAGUUGGUGAGCCUGUAGUCGUUUCUGACGAGAAAGGUCAUUUCGCUCUCGCCAACGGCUAUGUAACCCACGUGAGCACAUCGCACGUCACGGUUGCUGUCGAUCGUAGGCUACAGAAUGCGAGAGCAAAGACAGUCGGUUUCGAUGCGAUUUCGAAUCAAUCCUUUAGGGGAAUCAUGGAGAUCGGGAGUAGUGGGCUCUCCGAGUUGAAAGACCCCAAAGAACAAAUCGUUUAUCGAAUCGAUAAGGACGAGUUCAGCAACGGCAUGGCCAUUGUCCGAAACAACCUGAUCUGCAUGAUGGACAAAGAUCUCUUCCAGUCAAGGCAUUUGCGACGACUCAUCAUCGCAGGCCAGCCACCUGUCUUCAAAACAGCAUCCUCUGCAUACAAUCUGCCGGAUGCUGAAAGCCUCAAUGUGGACCAAAAGCAAGCGAUCGAUAAAGUUAUGAAUGCCAAGGAUUACGCACUAGUCCUUGGUAUGCCCGGCACCGGCAAAACUACCACCAUCGCCCAUAUCAUCCGAGCUCUAGUCGCGCAGGGAAAGAGCGUUCUUCUGACCUCAUACACCCACACUGCAGUUGAUAAUAUUUUGUUGAAGAUUCGCGAUGAUAAUAUCCGCAUGCUACGCAUUGGUGCAACCACGAAGGUCCAUCCAGAGGUGCAACAAUUUGCAGACCUGGCGGCAGUUCCAAAGAAGACCCUUGAAGAGCUCAAGGACUCGUACGAGAAACCGCAAGUUGUGGCAACGACAUGCCUGGGCGUCAACCACAACAUCUUCAACCAGCGAAUCUUCGACUACUGCAUUGUUGAUGAGGCGUCGCAAAUCACUCUCCCAGUGUGCCUUGGUCCCAUCCGCAUGGCAAGAACCUUCAUUCUUGUGGGCGAUCAUUAUCAACUUCCCCCGCUGGUGCAGAACAAGGCUGCUCAGGAAGGAGGUCUCGAUGUUAGCUUGUUCAAACUGCUUUCAGACGCUCAGCCGGACUCGGUUGUCAAUCUGGAGCAUCAAUAUCGCAUGUGCGAGGACAUAAUGCUUCUUUCGAACACUCUCAUUUAUUCUGGUAGCUUGAAAUGCGGCACGCCACAGGUCGCAGCUCGCUCGCUGGAGAUUCCAAAUAUACAGGCCCUAAAUCAGUUCCAUGCCGAUGGCUUCUAUCCCACUCAAUCCAAGCAAGGAAAAUGUCUUGGCGCUGGCCAUGGACGCUGUUGGCUUAAUGACCUUCUGGUGCCAUCUGCUAAGACCCUUCUCGUCAACACGGAUACUUUGGGGGCAUCGGGUCUCGAAUCAGCGCAAGGACAACGAGUUGUGAAUCAUUUGGAGGCUGUGCUGUGCACUCAACUCGUGGAGGCACUCAUCGCUUGCGGUAUUCCUGCCCGAGACAUUGGUGUCAUCACUUUCUAUCGCAGCCAGCUCUCCCUUCUGCGCCAGAGCCUUCGUCACUAUUCUCCCGACCUCGAAAUGCAUACCACUGAUAAGUUCCAGGGCCGCGAUAAAGAGAUCGUCAUCCUCAGUUGUGUUCGGAGCAAUGCUGAGAACCAUGUUGGAGAUCUGUUACGUGACUGGCGACGAGUCAAUGUUGCUUUCACUCGUGCUCGGACAAAGCUCCUUGUGAUUGGCAGCAAAUCAACACUUCGUGACGGCAACGAGCUCCUGAGCAAGUAUGUUCGUCUGGUUGAAGGAAAGGGCUGGAUCUAUGACCUUCCCCCAGAUGCAGCCGAGAAACAUGUCUUCCACUCUGCCGCUCUUGAUUCUACUCAGAUGCCAUUCCAGUCUCCAAAUGCCGCCCGGAGCCCUAAAUCCACAAAAAGCAAGAUGAGUCCCGGUCCUAGGAAAAAGUCUACGUCCAGAGAGCCUCUUAGUCCUCUGGGCUCUCGACAGCCUUCGUCAGGACGUAAGAAACCUGCAAGGCGGGGUGUCAAGCUUUUCAAUGGUGAAUCUGUGGUGGGCAAUAGACCCAUUCUUCAGAACCUGGUGGAUGAUAUCGCUGGUUGA